AUGGCUUCAAUUAGUCAUCAGAACCUAAGUGCCGAUCGGUUGAGUCAGUUGUCGGAACUGAAAGACAGUGACGAUGAAUCGGAAUCAUCAUCACUUGCAGCAUCAUCCGUAAAUAAGCCAGUCGAAAUAGCGCUCAUAGAUCAUCCAGCAGGAGGUUCUCUGGCAAAUGGUCGGAAUGCUUCCCCAAUACGCGUGGGGUUCCGACCUCCGAGUACAAUCAACAUAACCAGAUCGUCUCGAGAUUUUGUGCGGCUAUCUGGGAUAGGAUUGGGACCAUCGCAGAAUAUAGAGCAAAUUGGACUCCGAGAUCGGAACAAAGCCGAAUCGCCGACAGACGAAGAGCACCCACACGAGGGCGCACCUUCAUUCUCCAGCAGCCGAACUCAGACUGCGACUGCGGGUUGUGAGCCUACAGAUGAUUCAACCAAUCACAGAGCAGGAUUCAACUUCGAGAUAAACAACCCGUUUGUGACCAGAAACCUAACUGGAACUGAGAGGAUGGCAGAUUCUUCUGGAGUUUUCACGAGAGUUCCGUCAUUGAGAACGCAGCAUUCACAUGAAAGCACAUACAAUCCGGCUAGAUUGAGUUUGAUUCUUGAUCCGAGCCAGAGGCCACAAUUCAACAGAUUCACCAGCCUACAACCUCCCCUGACUGGGGGCAAUAGACUUCAAAUGGAUCCGAGACUCGGGACCCCUUGGACUCGCAAUGGAGCAGGGGCUGCAAGGAUGGGAAUGCCUCUAACAAAUCGACAGGUGACGUCUUUGCAUCGCAACCAGCGGGAGAUGAUGACAGUGAUGCGAGUGAAGAGUGCUUCGAUCGGACAGAGGUUCACAGCUGGUUGUCUCUUUGCCACUUACCUGAUCCUCACUCUCUUCACUGUUCUAUUCGUAGUCGGACAAGCUCAGUUUGGUGUGUUCACACGUGGAUUCUACGACACAGUCUCUGCCACCAGGACCCUCCUGGACCCCAGUCCCCACGGCUACUUCAUCUACGUCAUACUCCAUCUGUGGAAUGUAGUGUGGAUAGUAUGGGCUCUGGCUCUCACUUGCCAGAUAUCAACAGAUCGCCUCUGCUGCUUCCGACCCAUUCCUUCAACUCUCACUUCCCUUUUCUUCUGCCAAGUUGCCUUUGCAACUGUUGCACAUAUUUUGUGGCUGUUCACGUGGGAUCGAAACAUCAGCUAUGCUUCAUUGUGGCUUCUGGGAUUACAGUUUUGGGCGUUUCUGUUCGCCUUAAUAGUUCUUUCUUCAAACAUGCUGAAACAUUUCGACUUAUUUCAGGCUAAAUUUCGAGUCGAGUAUCUGUUCAUCAAGAUUUCAUGUCAAAACGCAGUGGCAGGUUUAUUCACGAUGUCUCUUAUUGAAAGUCUAUUAACUCUCGACUUACUACUCAGCAACGGAGACAUUUACUUUCUCAGUCAAGACCUGUCAGCCACUUUGAUUCUCACUCUAAUCUCAAUUGCUAUUCUCGUUUACUUCAUAAUGGACUCAUGCAUCUUCGAAAAGGCUGUUCGGUUCGUAGUCACGCCCUAUCUCUGCUUCACGUGGACGCUGUCGUCAUGCUUGUUCACGAGUCGUAAUUACCUCUCGACUAGAAAUGUCGUGAUUCUAGCUGGCAUUAUUUUCAUAUCGACUAUUCUGGCCGGCAUAAGAGUUAUAAUCAGUAUCCUCAAUGAGAAAAAGUAUCAACCAAUUCCAGUAACAAGAGCGAAGACCACACCUCUCAAUUUAGUUAUUCCGCUACCAGGAACAAUCGCAACUUCCGAAAACGUCUGAAAUCGUCUAAAUAAAAAAAACGUUUUCAACUAUUCAGACAAGAACUCGAAUCAUAUCAGAAAACGUUAAACCUAUUAAGCAAUAUGCUUUAAAAGAAAAAAAGUUGCAACCUCAGCAAGAGUGAAUAUAGCAUUAUCUUCGUUUUCGUACAGGACAAAUUUAUAAAUUUUAUUUUGUGAUAUUUAUAAUUUUUUAAAAUUUAACUCGAAGGAAGGCCCGUGAAAU